CCUUUCUAAGUUUUCAGGAUUUAUAGCAGCUUUAUUUUAUCACUUUAAGUCGUGCCAUAUUGCCAGUAAAAACUGGCUUGCUGUGCAGCUCUGCUAUGUUAGUUUGUUUACAGCUUAAGUGUUUCUGUGGUUUUGCUGCAGCCAGUAAUGGAUUACUACCGACAAGAGUUUUUUAUUUGUUUGUUUGAGGGAAAAGCAUGUGUUGUUUUGUCUCUGUUUUUAGAUGAAUAGAUUUCUUUCAUACUGAAUAUAACAGGUAGAUAUUCAUAGCAAAGUUUCUCUACCAAGUAGCAAGUAGUGAAAACAGUAAUGUUUGCCUGUGCUUGUUACUGUGCUAGAGUUUGUGAAGCUUCAUUUUGAUAGAUUACAAACAUUGUGGAGUUGUGCUGAUAAAAUAUUUGUUUAGCUCUUGUGAUGUCUCUGAAACUUGCCAGAAAAACCCCUGUAAUUUUUGAUUUGUGAAAGCAAAGACAACCACAUUCUAGAAAGACAUAUGAUGGUAACAUCUCCUUGCUACCAUCAUGAACCAAAUUUGGAUGAUCAUUGGGAGGUAAAGGUUUCUGCUUCUCUUUCAUCUCAGUUGCAGUAGUGAUACUGAUACAGUGACAUAUAAUAGUGACCCCAGUAAUGAACCUGGACCUGAGUGAAGUCAAUGACUGCAGCUAGAGCUAAUUUAACAAAUGACAAAAAAGUUUUGAGAAUAAUACGUAAAGAGCUGAGGACACUGACCAGCUGGAUUCCAGUUGAUAUGUAUUUGCCACUGGUGCCACUGGUUGCAGUGGCUGCAUGCCAUGGACAUCAGCAUCAGAGUAUUCUCUGUUUCUGUGACUGAGAGCAUUAAAGCUGCAACCUUAUUACUAAUCUAAAAGUGUAGAUCAGUUCCUUUCAGUGGUUGUGACAAGGAAACGUUUGUUCCACAUGAAAGAAAAAUGUGUUUCUGUUUUUAUAAACAGUGAAAGCUGGAAAUAAUACUUUAUUAUAGAUAUUAGUGGUGAAAAAACCAAAGCAGGACUGACUUGUUGGAAACUAAAGUUCCAUUAAUUCUUUUUGUUCCCUUUGGACAAAGCCAUAAGGAGACUUGUUUAUGAUGGAAGACAUUCCUGGUAGAAGAAAGGCAUAGCUUUAGCAGCAGUUUUGAUUAUGGUAAAAUUAACAGAUACUUCAUGGAAAGUCUGUGGAUUAUACUGUGUCACUUCUGUUCUCUGAUGCAAGUCUUUAGUAGCAUCACUGUUAAUUUCCCAAUGCUUUUCUAGAUGUUUUUGGAUUCACUAAGGAGUUAUAUCACCUGAAAGGUGUAAAAAUAGGGAGUGAGGAAGAUUGUCCAAAAGACUUCAUGUCUCUCCUUUUCCUGCUAUUUCAGCAUUACUUGACUCUGUGACCAACAUGUAAUUUUCUGCACCAGAAAACAAGAAAGAAACAGCAGUUGUUAACAAAUAAGCCAUGCCUGUUUCAGCUGAUGAAACUGUGGGGGACCUGCCUGUGAGAGAUACGGGUCUAACUCCAUCUGGAAUUGAAGGAUUACAAGAAUCAUCAACCACCAAUGUAAAAGCUCUACAAGCUGUACAACAAAUCAUUCGAGAAGAACUGGAGGACAGGUUUCUUCAUAUACAUGAUGACCACAUCUUAUUCAAGCAGCAUACAAAUAAGCAAGAGGAGAAAAUUAAAAGAAUGACCACCAAGUUAACACAGCUUGUUAAUGGUAAAAAAAAGUCUGAACAGGUUGGGCGACCUCAAGUGGCCGGGUCAGGCCUGGAGCUGGAAGAAAGAAUUGAGCAUUCAGAAAGAGUUCAUGGGCUUGAGAGACAAAACGAGAGCCUCUGCAGCAAACUGCUUUCAACUGACCAGCAGCUCCAGAUUCAAGGCCGUAGGCCUUGUCCACACAGCUGUGUUCAGUCUUUUGUUAACAUUGGUCUCAGAAAACAGCUGAAUGGAAACACAUGCACAGGAUUUAAAGUGGUAUUCGAAGACAUUGUUUCUAAUAUUCACAGUGAAAGGUGCAUUUUGAAUAACGAUGACAAAGGUGAUGAACUGAAAGUACGUCUUCAAGAGGAGCAGUUAAAGUGCCUCCAUCUUCAGAACGAAUUGCAAUCAGUAACUAUUUCAAAGAGAAGGAACAAAGAGCAUGUGGUACAGGAGGUUAAACAAGAAAGGCUACCAGAUAAGGUGAAGGAGAUGGCUGAAGAAAUUCAACAGGAGAAAGAAGAGCUCUCACAUCUGUCAGAGGAGUAGUUAGCUGACCAAACACCAAUUACUUCUGGAGACGAGACAAAAAUAACUGAAGAAUUGGAACCAGAAGAUCAAGAUGGUAGACAAGAUGAGGAUGCUGUUGAAUCAAUAAAAACUGACAGCAAUGAUGCUAUUAUUUCAAGUCCAGAUCCACGAAUAUUAAACAGCUGAAUCAGUGAUCAUGGCAAUUAUUUGGAAGUUGAAAAGAUCUGGAUUAAAAUUACAUCACUUGGUCAUACUGAGUUAUGAAUUACUUCAGAUGAAACAAUCCAGCAGCUGUGUGUUGAAUGCAGAUGAAAUUAUUUCCUUGCAGAGGACACCCCACUGUCACUUCCCAAACCAACCGGUGGUCAGAGGAGUCACUGUAAGUGUAGCACUGCGAUAUACGUGGCUAAGGCAGAUAAUUGUGCAGAAAAAGAGUAUCUCAAGUCUGUUCUUCUAAAGCCAGAGCUGCACACUGACAGUCCUAAAAUUUCUGUGGUCAGUGAUCCCCCAGAAGAUGAACAGGAUCUUGAAUGUGAAUAUAUUGGGUUUGCUCUGGUCAGUUUGAAAGAGGUGUUCCAGAAGCAAAGAAAUAUCAUUGAACAAGACAUUGAUGUUUUUGAUUCACGAGAUGAUGGUGCAGUGAUUGGGGAGCUCAAAGUAGCCGUGGAGGCCCCUCCACGCGCCGCGUUCGGUCUGCGAGGAGCGCGAAGACGACUCCGAGGCAUGAAAGGAAGUUUGCCUGCAGAAGUUCCUUCUCCCAGUGUAAAUACAUGCUUGAUAGCGCAUCAAAGAUGA